AAGUUCCUGAAGAACUAGCAGGUCUUGUGGAAGGUUACCUGAUGUCUGAAUUGAAUAUUCCUCGUCGGGGGUACACAAGGAGGGGUCUGGCUGAGCCUAAGGGUCGCAUGUUGGCCAAUUGUCACAGUGGUAUAGACGUUUACGUCGAGUGA